AUGGAUUUAACAACACACGCACGUCCGUCCAAUAAUGGUAUUGUUGUUGGUGCCGCCACCGACGGAUCUGGUGCAACUAGUGGUGCAGCGGCAGCACAAUGUAAUAAAACUCGUGUUGCAAAAUCAGUGUUUAGUAUACGUAGUUUAGUUGAUGUACAGGAAUCGGAGAAUCAAUUGCACCAGAAUAAUUUACAGCAACAAAUUGAUGCGGCUACAUCUGAAAGUAAUUAUAGUGGACGUACAGAAUCACCAAGGCAUACAUUAACGCCUGAAUCUUUGGCGCAAGCUCAACAGCAUCUACAAAACACUUUUACAACUCAUCAAAUUCAACAACAUUUACAACAAUUACAUCAACAACAACAACAACAACAAAAUUCAGCUCACCACUUAUUAAAUCACCACCAUCAGCAACAAGGAUCCCCAAAUAAUCAUAACAAUUAUAACAAUAAUAAUAGUGUGAAUCAUAACAAUAGUGUAAAUAAUAAUAAUAUAACAAUGGGUGUUGUUAGUGAAGGUUCACCAAAGCCUGAAGGUGGUACAUUAAUUGGUAUGAGUGGUGGAAGCACUGGGGGUGCUAGUAACGGACCUGGUGGUGCUGGUAUGGGAGGUGGUGGUGGUACAACUACUACAUCCGCUGGUAGUAUAUCAGAUGAUAAUGCAAGUGAAGCUGAUGUUGAUGAAUUCACACCGAAACGUAAACAACGUCGUUAUCGAACGACAUUCACUAGUUUUCAAUUAGAAGAAUUAGAAAAAGCAUUCUCAAGGACACAUUAUCCUGAUGUUUUUACAAGGGAAGAAUUAGCGAUGAAAAUUGGUCUAACCGAAGCAAGAAUUCAGGUAUGGUUUCAAAAUCGACGUGCAAAAUGGCGAAAGCAAGAAAAAGUCGGCCCCCAAGGCCAUCCGUAUAAUCCGUACUUAAGUCCAGGUGGACCAGCACCACCAUCGGCUGUUGUAGCACCAACUCUACCAAAUCCAUUUACUCAUUUAGGAUUUGGUGGUCUUCGAAAACCACCAUUUGAUGGUGUACCAUUUCGAUAUCCAACUUUAGGAUCAAAUCAUAUUUUACCACCUGGCUACAUUCCAUCACACUAUCAUCAUCGUACACCGGGUCCACUUUUACCACCCGCAAUGUCGUUAUAUUCUGGUGCAGCGGCAGCCAGUUCAUUUCAAACUUUAUUAGCAAAUAUUUCUGCGGCACAACAACAGCGCCCACCGUUAACCACAUCACCACCAGAGACUUCACCACCAAGUGGGUCUGGAGGCCAACAAUCACCACCAGAAAUUGAUCGCCGUAGUUCGAGUAUUGCUGCGUUACGUUUAAAAGCGCGAGAACAUGAAAUUCGUUUAGAACUUUUACGGCAAAAUGGACAUGGUGAUUUAAUAAGUUAAUUGUUUUACUCUAAUUUUAUUUUUGGGACAUUUCUUAAUUGUAGAUAGAAUUUUGUUUGUAAAUCCAAGAUUUGUAUUCGUAAAAUUAGGGUAUUUGCUACUAUAAAGGAUAAACUACAAAAUGUUAUAAAUACCAUAAUUUAUUUAGUGAAAAAAUCUGGUUUUAUCGAAUUUCUUCGUAAAACAUAUGAAGCUAAUGUAAUAAGUUUGUCUUUAUUUAAAACUUAAGGUUGUUGUCUUGCUAUGGACAUAUCGACAGUC